UUUUUAUUAUUUUAAUUUUUUGGCUUUUAUUAUUUUUUUGCCUCGUAUUCCUUUCGUAUUUAUUUAUCUCAUAUAAUAUUCGCGCAAAUGUCAGCCGACGCUUACAAUCGCGAUAUUACUAGCAGUGUUGCUGACACGACUGCACACGACAAGAGCAGCGGCGAAUUUGCCAGUAGAAGCUCCAAGGACUCCACUAGAGUACAACUGUCGCCGCGCGCUGAAGAGGGCGUUGACAGCAGCGAGAGAAACAGAGAAAAGUCUCCCGAUGCAGGCGCAAUGGCGAGCUCAUUCUUGAAAAGCAUGGAGCAGACGCUGCAGCGGUCAGCAAGCAGAAGCCGGAGUGGACGCGAUAGCAGCAGCAAAUACCAGUUGGAGCGCGAUCAGCAGCAGCGGCGUGGGCGCUCAAGCAGGUCGCCCAAGCGCUCGAGCACUUCGCGGCACCGCAGCCGGAGCAGCCGGCGGAGAGCCGAGUACGACGACAAUCAGCGCGACUACGAGUACCGGCCACGGACGUACCGGCGGCGGUCGCGCAGCCGCAGCCGCAGCCGGCACAGGCACCGGUCACGCGAAAGCACCCGGCGGUUGCAGCAUUCCUCGGGAGGGCGGCGUGAGGAGCAGCCUGUUGUGGCGCUGCACCUGCGGCCCAAGAAGCUGAGCAUGUGGGAUCUGCCGCCGCCCGGGUUCGAGAGCGUCAGCUGCUUGGAUGCCAAGGCAUCGGGGCUGUUCCCGCCGCCUGGGCAGGCGGCCGGAUCGCGCAACGUGGCGUCGUUCAACCCCAGCGUGCUGUUCGAGCACACGCAUCGCGAGGAGAACGACCGAUUCCGGCCUAGCAGCCGCUGCGAGCGCGAGUUCCCCAGCACGGCAUCGCGGCAGGCGCGGCGACUGUACGUCGGCAACAUGCCCUAUGGCAUCGACGAGGACGGCAUCGCCUCGUUCUUCAACGACCUUAUGGUGCGCAUGAAUAUUGCACCAGCCGACGAAAUGCCGGUGCAGAACAUCCAGAUUAACUUUGACAAGAACUAUGCGUUCGUCGAGUUCCGCGACGCCGAGCAGGCGACGAUGGGAAUGGGGCUGGACGGCGUGAUGUUCCAGAACCAGAAGCUCAAGAUCCGCCGGCCCAAGGACUACAUUCCGCCUGCCGGCCAGCCUGAGCCGCAGCCACCUGUGCUUAGCCUUCCGGGAGUCGUGUCCAACACCGUGCCGGACUCGCCCAACAAGGUGUAUGUCGGCGGCUUACCCGCUUAUUUGAAUGAGGAGCAGGUCACUGAGCUGCUGCGUGCUUUUGGCGAGCUGAAGUCGUUUAAUCUGGUCAAGGACAACGUGUCGCGCCUGUCGCGUGGCUUUGCCUUUUGCGAGUACGUUGAUCCGAAUAUGACUGACAUUGCAUGCCAGGGGCUCAAUGGCAUGGAGCUGGGCGACCGCCGCCUGGUUGUCCAGCGCGCCAGCGUUGGUGCCCGCGGCGGGGCGAACCCACCAGCCAUGGGCCAGCAGCAGCAGGACUACUACCCGCAGCCAAAUACUGCCAGUGACGGUGCAUUCCCUCCGCAUAUUCAGCAGAAUGGCGGAUAUCCGCAGGACCAGUCCCAAUAUCAUCAUCAGCAGCAGCAGAACCAACAGCAAUACCACCAGCCACCAAAUGCCUCGGUUGCGUUCACUUCUCAGCAGCAGCAGCAGCAGCAGGUGAUGCCCAGCGUGCAGGCGACAUCCAUCGUGCAGCUGUUGAACAUGGUGACGGUCAACGAGCUGGACAACGACGAGGAGUACGAGGACAUUCUUGAGGAUGUACGCGACGAAUGCCGCAACUUUGGUAGCAUCCUGGAUCUCGUCAUCCCGCGCAACAACCCCGAUCAGCCCGACGCACCAGCGGCAGGCGUCGGCAAGAUAUUCAUCAAAUAUCAGAGUUCCUCCGAGGCCACUGCGGCGAUCAACGCAUUGGCUGGACGACAAUUCAUGGGCCGCACGGUCAUCGCAUCAUACAUGUCCGAAGAAGACUUUAGUGCAGGUAAUUUCUAAACACUUUGCC